AUGUCUGAUUUCAGCACAUAUCACCACUUGGGCCAGGGCGAGCAGGACCCCGCGAACCCGAACCGAUCGACACAACCCGCACCUCCCCCCUUCUCACCUCCCAUCGCGGGGCAGCAGCACCAGCAGGGCGCCGCUUACGGGCCUCCUUCGACCCCGGGACAACAGCAAUACUAUGGCGGGCCGCCCGGCUCGGUGCCGCCCCAGGGUCAGCCCUACGGUGCCCCUCCGGGCCAGGAAUAUGCGCAGAGCCCGGGUUUCCAAUCCCAGGACAGCUUGGCGGCGCAAAUGGGAGGCAUGUCGCUCGGUGACGGCCACGGCACCGCCAGGAGGAAGAAGAAGGACCGCCACGCCUACCACCAGGUCGAGGCGACAGGCUCCUCGCAGCCGUUCAACGGCAUCCCCGCCGCCGGCACCAACGCCACCGCUUUUCUCAACGACCCCUCCCAAGCCCAGUUCGCCCAGAUGAACCAGUUCCCUGUUGCUGCUGGCGAGACCUUCACACCCGCCAUGCCUGCCUCCCCCGCCGAAUUUGCCGCUCGGAACGGCUCCGGCUCGGCAGGACCCCCCGCAGUGGUCCAAGCCUCCGGCCACCAGAAGCUGUCCCUCGAUGACCUGCCUAGCGUGCCGCUCUCUCGUGACGCCCUGCAACAGCACUACUUCACCAACGUCUAUCCCACCUUCGAGAAGCACCUGCCCCCUCCCUCGACCGUCUCAUACGUAGCCUACGACCAGGGCAAUGCUUCGCCCAAGUUUGCGCGCCUGACCCUCAACAGCAUCCCCUCCAACGCUGAAGGUUUGGCUCUGACCGGUCUUCCCAUGGGUCUCCUCCUGCAACCCCUGGCUCCUUUGCAGCCCGGCGAGCUCGAGAUCCCCGUUCUUGACUUUGGUGACUCUGGCCCUCCGAGAUGCCGCCGCUGCAGAGCCUACAUCAACCCCUUUAUGAUGUUCCGCUCGGGCGGAAACAAGUUUGUUUGCAACCUGUGCACUUACCCCAAUGAUACCCCCCCCGAAUACUUCUCCGCACUCACUCCUCAAGGUGUCAGAGUGGACCGCGAUCAGCGCCCAGAGCUGACCAGAGGUACUGUGGAGUUUGUCGUGCCCAAGGAGUACUGGACGAAAGAGCCCACAGGUCUGCGCUGGCUGUUUGUAAUCGACGUCACGCAGGAGUCCUUCAACAAGGGCUUCAUCGAGUCCUUCUGUGAGGGCAUUGUGGCCGCCUUGUACGGCGGUGAGGACGCCGAGAGGGACGAGCAUGGCGAGCCCAAGAGGAGCAUACCUCCUGGCGCCAAGGUCGGCUUCGUGACCUACGACAAGGACAUUCACUUCUACAAUGUCAACCCCGCCCUGGACCAGGCACAGAUGAUGAUCAUGCCUGAUCUUGAAGACCCUUUCGUGCCGCUGAGUGACGGCCUCUUUGUCGACCCCUACGAGUCCAAGGACGUCAUCACAUCACUGCUCACCAUGCUGCCCACAAUGUUCUCUGAUAUCAAGAACCCAGAACCGGCCCUUCUUGCCACCCUCAACUCUGCCGUGGCCGCGCUGGAGAAGACGGGCGGCAAGAUUGUCUGCUCUCUGGCCGCGCUGCCCACCUGGGGCCCUGGCCGUCUGUUCCUCAGGGAUGAUGGAAAGCACCCCGGCGGUGAGAUUGACAAGAAGCUCUUCACGACCGAGCACCCGGCAUGGAAGAAGAUGGCGGAGAAGAUGGUGGCCACUGGUAUCGGUGCCGACUUCUUCCUCGCCUCGCCGUCGGGCGGCUACCUCGAUAUCGCCACCGUCGGCCACGUUUCAGCCUCGACCGGCGGCGAGACCUUCUACUACCCCAACUUCAUCGGGGCCCGCGACAACACCAAGUUGUCCAUGGAGAUCAAGCAUGCGGUUACGCGCGAGACUGGUUUCCAGGCUCUGAUGAAGGUUCGCUGCUCAAACGGUCUGCAAAUCAACGGCUAUCAUGGCAACUUCAUCUACCACACGUUUGGUGCCGAUCUCGAGAUCGGCGUCAUCGACGCCGACAAGGCCAUGGGCGUCACCUUCUCCUACGACGGCAAGCUCGAUUCCAAGCUCGAUGCUCACUUCCAAUCCGCGCUCCUCUACACAACAGCCUCUGGCCAGCGCAGGGUGCGCUGCUCCAACGUGAUUGCGAGUGUCUGCGACAACCCGAGAGAUAGUGUCAAGUUCAUUGAUCAAGAUGCCGUCUUUACGAUCCUUGCUAAGGAGGCCAGCACAAAAUUGGCCAACACCUCUGCGUCGAUGAAGGACGUCAGAAACCACUUGACGGAGCGCACGAUCGACAUCCUGUCAGCGUACCGUAAGAACUUCCUCACAUCGGCCCAGCCUGACGGCCAGCUAGUCAUGCCGGAGAGACUGAAGGAGUUCUCGAUGUACAUGCUGGGACUCCUCAAGUGUCGCGCGUUCAAGGGCGGCAACGAGAGCUCCGACCGCAGAGUGCACGAGAUGCGGAUGAUCCGGUCCAUGGGCGCCAAGGAGCUGAGUCUGUACCUGUAUCCACGGAUGAUCCCCAUCCACAACCUCGCUCCGGAGGACGGAUUCCCUGACGAGUCGGGUCACCUCAGGGUGCCCCCCGCGAUCCGUACCUCCUUCUCUCGCGUCGAGCCCGGUGGCGCCUACCUCGUCGACAAUGGCCAGCAGUGCCUCAUGUGGUUCCAUGCGCAGACGUCGCCGAACCUCAUCGCCGACUUGUUUGGCGAGGACAAGACGACCCUGCAGAGCCUCGACGCGUACACGUCGUCGCUACCCAUACUCCAGACCCACCUGAAUGCGCAAGUACGCAACAUCAUCGAGUUUCUCAAGACGAUGCGCGGCUCCAAGGGGUUGGGUAUCCAGCUCGCAAGACAGGGCAUCGAUGGUGCCGAGUAUGAGUUCGCGAGGAUGCUGGUCGAGGACAGAAACAACGAGGCACAGAGCUACGUCGACUGGCUUGUGCACCUUCACAGGAGCGUCCAGCUGGAGCUGUCCGGCCAAAGGAAGAAGGACGACCCGUUGACGGACGCCAGCGCACUAGCAGGUUUUGCCGGCCUGAGACCCAACUACUGGUAA